AUGCCUCACUCUGUUUCUCUCGAAGACCCUUCGAAUCCACAUGCGAGCCCAUCAGUGGAGCUGUAUGUCGAAAAAGCAGAAACCCACACCACCAAUUCAACUAUGACCGAGGAGGACAUCACCGAAAAAGACAUGUCCCAGGACAGCGAAAGUGCAGACCAAGAUAUGACCAUGGCAAACACCUUAAGCACAAAUACAACUUCAGAAGCACCUGUGAAGUCGGAAAUCAAGCCCGAGGUCAAGCUGGAGGAUCUCUUUGCAGAUAUGGACUCAGAUGAAGAGUUCCCAAGCUCCACAGGUCAAGACUUGAAAAUCACCAGUUCGCCACCAGAAGCGCCCCCUUCUCCAGUUCACAUUGGACCCUCCUCUCGCGCAUCGGACCCAGAAGUAAUGCGAUCAUUCUAUCAGCGACUCUUUCCUUGGCGCUACCUUUUCCAGUGGCUUAAUCAUUCCCCUACUCCGACAAACGAUUUCGGCCACCGCGAGUUCGCGUUCACACUACAAAAUGACGCAUAUCUUAGAUACCAAGCGUUUCCCACCGCCGAUCUCCUCCGCAAGGAUGUUCUACGGCUUAUGCCCUCAAGAUUCGAAAUUGGACCCGUUUAUAGCACGAAUCCCCGCGACCGGAAAACGCUGCGAAAAGCUGCUGCUUUCAAACCUAUUGCGAAAGAGCUGUGUUUUGAUAUCGAUUUAACGGAUUACGAUGACAUCCGAACAUGCUGUGACAAAGCGAAUAUCUGCAACAAAUGCUGGCAGUUCAUCACCAUGGCUAUCAAGGUGAUAGAUGUGGCACUGCGUGACGAUUUUGGCUUCAAGCACAUAAUGUGGGUCUAUUCUGGACGAAGAGGAGCUCACGCCUGGGUGUGCGAUAAAAAGGCUAGGCAAAUGGAUGAUCAAAAGAGGAGAGCUAUUGCAGGGUAUCUCGAAGUUAUAAAAGGCGGAGCUCAAAGCGGAAAGCGUGUCAAUGUAAAGAGGCCACUGCAUUCCCACGUUGCCCGGAGUCUUGACAUUUUGAAGUCACAUUUCCAGACGGACAUCCUCCAUGACCAAGACCCGUGGGAGACGGACGAGAAAUUCGACCGCCUCCUUCAGCUCCUACCAGACAAAACUCUGAACGAGGCUCUUAGAAAGAAAUGGAGUUCUUCUCCUGGCCGCGCUUCAACAGCAAAAUGGGCCGAUAUCGAUGCUCUUGCAAAAACAGGUGCUAGCAAAGGCCUGGAUCCCAAGGCUUUGCUUGAUGCGAAGCAAGAUAUUGUUCUCGAAUACACAUAUCCGCGACUGGAUAUCGAAGUCAGUAAGCACCUCAACCAUUUACUGAAGAGUCCAUUUGUCGUUCAUCCUGGUACGGGCAGAGUGUGUGUUCCAAUAAACACAAAGCGCUGCGAAGAUUUCGAUCCUCUCGGCGUGCCUACCGUGACAGAGCUUCUCCAGGAGAUCGACGAGUGGACAGCGCCUGAGGGGGAUAGCGAAGGGAGACCUCCGCAGGACUGGGAGAAGACGAGCUUGAAGCCUUACGUAGAGUACUUUAGGUCGUUCGUUUUGACCCUGAUGAGAGAUGAGCAGGGUGUCAAGAUCAAACGGGAGCGUGACGUAGAUGGCAUGGAGUUUUGA